GGCAGGGAGAGGAGGGUGCGGGUGGCCAUACCGCUAUAAAGGCACCGGCCGGUGGUCACACGGCAUCAGUCCCCCACCUGAUCCGCUCCCAGCCACACACCGACCUCCCCGAUCAACAUGAAGACGUUCGUAGCCGUCUGCCUGCUGGCCUGCGCCGCUGCCUUCCCCCAGGAGUUGGCCUCGAUCGAAGGUUCCGGUGAGCCGCCCGUCGAGAUCGCUGCUCGCUCGUCCUCCAACAUCGACAGCAGCAUCUUCAGCGACGACAUCCUGCGUUCCGAGUUCGAGAUGGUCGACGACGGCCAGUUCCAGUACGGCUUCGAGACGAGGGACGGCAUCGUUGUCGACGCGGCCGGCGAGAACCGUCAGAUCGGCGACGGCGUCGGUGCCGUGAUGCGCGGCUCGUACUCGUACACGUCGCCCGAGGGCAUCGACGUGACCAUCAACUGGGAGGCGGACGAGAACGGCUUCCGCGCCAGCGGCGACCAGGUGCCGGCGGUGCCCGAGUACGUGACGCGGCUGCUGAAGACGCUGCCGGCCGAGCCGCAGGCCGCUGCUGAGCUUGUGGAAGCCGCUGUGUCGGCCGAUGAGGCCUAGAUGCUGUUUUUCUUCUUCCAAAAUUAACUUUUGUUUGUUUGAGUGUGAAAAAUGAAUAUAUGUCAAACUCA